AUGAAAAUUGAUAUUCAUAGCCACAUUCUACCUAAGGAAUGGCCUGACCUAAAAAAGAGAUACGGAUAUGGUGGAUGGGUACAGCUGGAUCAUCACGGCAAGGGACAGGCAAAGAUGAUGAAGGAUGGAAAGGUUUUUAGAGUUAUUCAAGAGAACUGCUGGGAUCCAGAAGUACGGAUUAAAGAGAUGGACCUAUCAGGAGUCACAGUCCAAGUCCUUUCCACAGUCCCUGUAAUGUUCAGCUACUGGGCCAAACCUCAGGAUACUUUAGAUCUAGCCCAGAUAUUAAAUAAUGACUUAGCUGCUACAGUAAAAAAGUACCCCAAGAGGUUUAUUGGCUUGGGUACAUUGCCUUUGCAAGCUCCAGACCUGGCUGUGAAGGAAAUGCAUCGCUGCGUGAAUGAACUUGGAUUUCCUGGAGUACAAAUAGGAUCUCAUGUCAAUGAAUGGGAUCUGAAUGCACCAGAACUGUACGAUAUUUAUGCUGCUGCUGAACAGUUAAAUUGCUGUCUCUUUGUGCAUCCCUGGGACAUGCAGAUAGAUGGAAGGAUGUCCAAAUAUUGGUUUCCCUGGCUAAUAGGCAUGCCAGCAGAAACAACUAUAGCCAUUUGCUCCAUGAUUAUGGGAGGAAUUUUUGAAAAAUUUCCUAAGCUGAAAGUUUGCUUUGCACACGGAGGUGGAGCUUUUCCAUACACAGUGGGGAGAAUCUCCCAUGGAUUCAACGUGCGCCCUGAUUUGUGUGCAGUGGAUAACAAGGUGGAUCCAAGAAAAUACCUGGGUUCAUUUUACACAGACUCUCUUGUCCAUGAUCGUGGUGCACUGAGGCUGCUAACAAGUGUAAUAGGAGAGGACAAAGUUAUUCUGGGGACAGAUUACCCUUUUCCACUUGGGGAACUGGAACCUGGAAAAUUGAUUGAUUCAAUGGAAGAUUUUGACAAUAAACUGAAGGAUAAACUCAAGGCUGGAAAUGCUCUGGAAUUUUUGGGUCUUAGCAGAAGACAAUUUCAGUAAUUAUGAAGAUAUUAAAGAGACCAAAGCUUGGAAAUAACACUGAAUCCUUAGGGAUACUUCUAUUUGCACAUGCAAUUACACAGGUGAAAAAUGAAUCUGACAAGUAUAU